UCUUCUCCCAUGCACUUGUCUUCCCCACCUCCAACACUCCUCCUUCCUUGUCCCUCCCACAAACAUAACUUCCCACUCUUUCAUGGCUACCUCGUCUCCCUGUCCUUAAACCUGUCCCACAACACUUCCUCCUUCUCACACUCCUUUAAAUCCCCCCCUCCUUCAAUAUUCUCUGACACUCCAUAAUAUAAACCCCCCUACCUCUCUGUCGUCCCAGAUUGUGUUUAAUUUUCCUCACUUACUUGUCCGACAAGUUACCCUCUCCUCGCCGCAAUGUCUAGCCGGAGGUCACGUUCCCGACACCCGGAAAGUUCCAGGAUCUCCGACGACCAGAUUGCCGACCUCGUCUCCAAGCUGCAACGCCUCAUCCCUGAAAUCCGUGGCAGACGUUCCGACAAGGUUUCUGCCUCGAAGGUGUUGCAGGAGACAUGCAACUACAUACGAAGCUUGCACAGAGAAGUUGACGACUUAAGUGAUAGGUUAUCCCAGCUUUUGGAAUCCACUGAUGGUGAUAGUGCCCAAGCUGCCAUUAUUAGAAGCUUACUUAUGUAAUAAUAACUAUCAAAUUCUUUUACUUAUUAUGAUAUCCGGUAUCUUCACUACUAUCGUGUGAAACUAACCCGGACUUAAUAUGGGUUGCGGUAAUAAAAUUUGACUCGAAAAAGGCCUGACCCGAACUACUGCUAUUAUUAUUAUUAUUAACUUUGUUUUUAUGUUCAGAGUUCAGGUAAGCUAGCUAGCUACCUACUUAAUGUACUUCAUUUCCAGUUUUUAAUAAUAUAAUAAUAUAUCAUCACAACAUUAUCAGCUUCGA